UGUGCGGAAAGGGGCGGGCCUCGCUUAGAAAGGCGGCUGGUUUGAAAAGUGGCAACGGUCAGUGUUUUAUUUUUUUGGUUGGUCUCUCCGUUUGUAGCUGCUCUUCGGUGAGCUGCUGGGAUUCCAGCUUGAUUGUUUUAAUUUAAGAAAUAAACUGACCUCAGAAUAAUGAACAAAAUAGCCCAGAAUCUACUAUGUGUCUAAACCCAGAGGAGGACUUGCCAAGCCAGAGCUUAUUAAAAGGAAAGCCUUGCUCAACCAUUCCUGGGUCCGCAGAGGUCUGUAGAAACUUGAAACACGAGAAACAACUGUACUCAGGGAGGAGACUCCCAUAAUGGAAACUUUGUCAUUCCCCAGAUACAAUGUACCUGAGCUUGUAGUACAUAUUCGUAAUAAAUUAUUAACAGGAUCAGAUGCCAAAAACCUCUCAAAGAAUGAUUUUCUUCCAAAUCCGAAGUGUGAUGUCUUGUACAUGAUUUACAUGAAAGCCUUACAAUUAGUGUAUGGAGUCCGGCUGGAGCACUUCUCCAUGAUGCCAGUGAACAUAGAUGUCAUGUAUCCCCAUAUAAUGGAGGGCUUCUUACCUGUCAGCAAUUUGUUAUUUCACAUGGAUUCGUUUAUGCCCAUUUGCCGGGUGAAUGACUUUGAGAUUGCCGACAUUAUUCAUCCAAAAGUAAACCGGACAAGUCGUUUUUUAAGCGGCAUUAUCAACUUUAUUGGCUUCAGAGAAACAUGCCUGGAGAAGUAUGAAGAAUUUCUUUUGCAAAGUAAAUCCUCUAUGGACAAAAUGCAGCAGUUAAGUAAUGCACACCAGGAAGCACUGAUGAAACUGGAAAAACUCAAUUUGGUUCCAGUUGAAGAGCAAGAAGAGUUCAAACAGCUUAUGGACGACAUUCAGGAGCUGCAGCACCUGCUGAAUCAAGAUUUUAGACAGAAAACGAUGCUGCUGCAGGAGGGAUAUGCGAAAAUGAAAUCAGAUAUUUCAGAGAAAACCAAGCAUUUUAAUGAACUAAAGUUGUCAAUAGUCUCUUUGAAAGAAGUUCAAGAAAAUUUGAAAAGCAAAAUUGUGGACUCUCCAGAGAAGCUGAAGAACUAUAAAGAGAAGAUGAAAGACACUGUCCAGAAGCUCCGCAGUGCCAGGGAAGAAGUGAUGGAGAAGUAUGAUAUCUAUAGAGAUUCUGUGGAUUGUUUGCCUUCCUGUCAGCUGGAGGUGCAGUUAUAUCAAAAGAAAUCACAGGACCUUGCAGACAAUAGAGAGAAGCUAAGCAGUAUCUUAAAGGAGAGCCUGAACCUGGAGGACCAGAUUGAAAGUGAUUCGUCAGAACUAAAGAAACUGAAGACUGAAGAAAACUCCCUCUCAAGACUGUUGAUGAUAAAGAAGGAGAAGCUCGCCUCCACGCACUUCAAAAUAAACAAGAAGCAGGAGGACGUGAAGCAGUACAAGCGCACCGUGAUCGAAGAUUGCAAUAAAGUUCAAGAAAAACGAGAUGCUGUCUGUGAACAAGUAACCAACAUUAACCAAGACAUCCACAAGGUUAAAUCUAGGAUUCAGCAACUAAGAGAUGCUACCAAAAGGGAGAAACUGAAGUCUCAGGAAAUCUUUGUAAACUUGAAAAGCGCUCUGGAGAAAUACCAUGAGAGCAUUGAGAAGACGACGGAGGAGUGCUGUGCUAGAGUAGAAGAAAAGACUGCCGAGCUGAAGAAGAGGAUGUUUAGGAUACCGCCCUGACUGCAGCCCUCCGGCAAUGGCCUGCUGCCAUUCUGUUUCUGUUUGGCAUGCUUACAUUGAAGCCAAUGGAAGUGCCAGCAGUAUCAGCUAACUAGCGUGGGCUCCACUGGCUCCUCUUUGUCUCUGGUGUCCUUCCUGUGUGACAGCGUGCCUCCUGUGUUUUGUUCUUGGUGAUGGGAAGAUAACUCAGGGCCUUGCAGGCCAGACUGACUUGUGUUCCCAGGCUCUAAGAUGCCAUGGAUUGUAUAGGCUUUUGCUACAAUUAAAAUAACAUGUACAGCUUUUAUGCCCCUACUCACUCUCUUUUUGUAUGUACUGGUUGUAAUAAACAAAUAGUUACUGAA